AUGCAUACAAAUGACUCACUGUCUUUUGAAAUCUACAGAAAAAUAUCACCAGAACGUUGUAAGCACUUUUUAAAAUCUAUCUAUCUAUCUAUCUAUCUAUCUAUCUAUGUCUCGUUUCUUUCUUUCUUGGCGUCUAUCUAUUUAUCCCAUUUCUUUAUUUCUUCCUUUCUUUGUUUUUUUCUAUCUAUCUAUCUAUCUAUCUAUCUCGUUUAUUCUUUCUUUCUUUCUUUCUUUCUUUCUUUCUUUCUUUCUUUCUUUCUUUCUUUCUUUCUUUCUAUCUCCAUUCUUUCUUUCUAUCUCGUUUCUUUCUAUCUAUCUAUCUAUCUAUCUAUCUAUCUAUCUAUCUAUCUAUCUCGUUUCUUUCUUUCUAUCGUUUUUCUUCUUUCUUUCUUUCUUUCUUUCUUUCUUUAUUUCUUUCUUUAUUUCUUUCUAUCUAUCUAUCUAUCUCGUUUCUUUCUUUCUAUCGUUUUUCUUCUUUCUUUCUUUCUUUCUUUCUUUCUUUCUAUCUAUCUAUCUAUAUCUAUCUAUCUAUCUCGUUUUUCUUUCUUUCUAUCUCGUUUCUUUCUUUCUUUCUCGUUUCUUUCUUUCUAUCUCGUUUCGUUUUCUUUCUUUCUAUCUCGUUUCUUUCUUUCUUUCUAUCUCGUUUCUUUCUUUCUUUUUUCUUUCUAUCUCUAUCUUUCUUUCUUUCUUUCUAUCUCGUUUCUAUCUUUCUUUAUUUCGUUUCUAUCUUUCUUUCUAUCUCGUUUUUUCUUUCUUUCUAUCGUUUCUUUUUCUUUCUAUCUUUCUUUCUUUCUAUCUAUCUAUCUUUCUUUCUUUCUUUCUAUUCCUUUUUUUUUUUCUUUCUUUCUUUCUAUCUUUCUUUCUUUCUAUCUUUCUUUCUUUCUAUCUCGUUUCUUUCUAUCUAUCUAUCUAUCUAUCUCGUUUCUUUCUUUCUAUCUCGUUUCUUUCUUUCUAUCUCGUUUCUUUCUUUCUAUCUCGUUUCUUUCUUUCUUUCGUUUUCUUUCUUUCUAUCUCUUUUUUUUCUUUCUUUCUUUCUUUCUAUCUAUCUAUCUAUCUCAUUUCUUUCUUUCUAUCUCCUUUUUUUGUUUUUUCUAUCUAUCUAUCUAUCUAUCUCGUUUCUUUCUUUCUUUCUUUCUUUCUUUCUUUCUUUCUUUCUUUCUUUCUUUCUUUCUUUCUAUAUCUCGUUUCUUUCUUUCUUUUAUCUAUCCAUCUAUCUCGUUUCUUUCUUUCUUUCUAUCUCGUUUCUUUCUUUCUUUCUUUCUAUCUAUCCAUCUAUCUCGUUUCUUUCUUUCUUUCUAUCUCGUUUCUUUCUUUCUUUCUAUCUCGUUUCUUUCUUUCUUUCUAUCUCGUUUCUUUCUUUCUUUCUAUCUCGUUUCUUUCUUUCUUUCUAUCUCGUUUCUUUCUUUCUUUCUAUCUCGUUUCUUUCUUUCUUUCUAUCUUUCUAUCUUUCUUUCUAUCUUUCUUUCUUUCUUUCUUUCUUUCUAUCCAUCUCGUUUCUUUCUUUCUUUCUUUCUUUCUUUCUAUCUCGUUUCUUUCUUUCUUUCUUUCUUUCUUUCUAUCUCGUUUCUUUCUUUCUUUCUUUCUUUCUAUCCAUCUAUCUCGUUUCUUUCUUUCUAUCUCUUUUCUUUCUUUCUUUCUUUCUUUCUUUCUUUCUUUCUUUCUAUCUAUCUAUCUCUUUUCUUUCUUUCUUUCUUUUUCUUUCUUUCUUUCUUUCUAUCUAUCUAUCUAUCUCGUUCCUUUCUUUCUUUCUAUCUAUGUCGUUUCUUUCCUUCUGGCCAUCUAUCUAUCUAUCUAUCUAUCUAUCUAUCUAUCUCAUCCUAUUCUUAUCUCUAUAACAGACGAACUCCUUUUUCCUUAUCUAUGAAACGAAAUAUUUUUCUCGCUGUGUAUUUGUACACACAUGUAUCUAAUUGA